AUGCACCACGGGCUCUUCCCCAUCCCCUCGCCGCUGUCCUCGAGCUCCCGGCCCCGGCGCAGCCCCUCUUCCUUCCAGGACCCCAGCGCCAAAAUCGGGGUGAACUGCGUCAUCGGCCCCAACGUGACGAUCGGGGCCGGCGUGGUGGUGGAGGACGGGGUGCGCAUCAAACGCUGCACCGUGCUGGAAGGGGCACGAGGUGAGGAGGACCCCAGCGCCAAAAUCGGGGUGAACUGCGUCAUCGGCCCCAACGUGACGAUCGGGGCCGGCGUGGUGGUGGAGGACGGGGUGCGCAUCAAACGCUGCACCGUGCUGGAAGGGGCACGCAUCCGCUCGCACUCCUGGCUGGAGUCCUGCAUCGUGGGCUGGAGCUGCUCCGUUGGGCAGGAGGUGCGCAUGGAGAAUGUGACGGUGCUGGGCGAGGAUGUCAUCGUCAACGACGAGCUCUACCUCAACGGGGCCAAUGUGCUGCCACACAAGUCCAUCGCCGAGUCCGUGCCAGAGCCACGCAUCAUCAUGUAGCAGCUCCCGGUGGGCCCUGUGCUCCUGGCUCCUUUCAGAUUCAAUAUUUAUAUUUCC